UGCGGCAGGGCGGAGGCGGUGGACGCGUGUGGGUCCUGCAGCGUGUCGCUGGGCCGAUGGGGAGCGUGCGCUGGGCCUUCCCCUGUGCCGCCUGGCGUCCCUGCCGCCAAGAGUGGUUGCUAGCGGCGCGGUUGGUGCAGCCUGAGGAGAAGGAACGCAUCGGCCGCUUUGUUUUUGCCCACGAUGCCAAAGCUGCCCUGGCUGGCCGCCUACUGAUGCGGAAAUUAAUUGCAGAAAAGUUGUGCAUACCUUGGAAUGAAAUAAGCUUGCAAAGGACAUCCAAAGGAAAACCUUUCCUAGCAAAUGAUAUAGUCAGUAUCUAUCCUAAUUACAACUUCAACGUCUCUCAUCAAGGAGAUUAUGCAGUUCUUGCUGCUGAGCCUGAGCUUCAAGUUGGCAUUGAUAUUAUGAAGACUGCUUUACCAGGUAGUAGCUCAAUCCCAAAUUUCUUUCGCAUCAUGAAGAGACAGUUCACUGAAACAGAGUGGGGUGUCAUCAAGUCUGUGGGGAACGAAUGGAUGCAGCUGGAUAUGUUUCAUCGACACUGGGCCUUGAAGGAGAGCUUCUUAAAGGCUGUUGGGGUUGGAAUUGGUUUUAAUUUGCAAAGAAUUGAAUUUAAUGUGUCCCCAUUGCAACUGGAAGUAGGGAAGGUGUACAAGGAAACCAAAAUGCUUCUGGAUGGAGAUAAAGAAGAAGAGUGGACAUUUGAGGAAACCCGACUAGAUGACCAUCAUCAUGUUGCAGUGGCUCUUGGGAAGCAGGAGGGAUUUGGACAGAAGCACUCUCAUGUAUGUUCCAUGGAGCCUAACCAACCACAGUUUACAGUACUGACUUUUGAAGACUUAGUUGCAUCUGGCAUUCCAAUUGCACCUGAGGAUCCUACAUACUGGGAUAAUUUUUCUUCUAAGCAGGAGAGUCCAAUGAAACAGAAGUCACAGUUAAGAUCAAAAUGCUUAUAAGGAAAUUGUCAAAAUUUUUAUGCUGUUACUGUAUGCAAUUCAGAGUGUGGGAGUAAGUGUGUAAAUUGAACCAUGUUUUUCCUUGUUUAACAAUCUGAUCUUCACCCUUUUUAAAUUGACAUUCUUUAUCAAUAUCUUAAGGAAGUUGCAUGUUUCCUCACUGAAGGAACUCUCAGUGAACAGUCUCUAAGCUGGACUCUUGCUUUUUUUGCUCCUCCACACUUGUGGUUCCUGCACUUUUAAUAAUUGCCCAUACUAGGAACAGGGAGCAGUGCUACAAUAAUACUGUUGAUUAAUCAACAAGUGUUUAAUGUGUAAAAAUCUGUUUCCAUACUUCACUUGUGCUGAAGUUUAAAUUAUGAAACUGCCUUUUCUCCUACAAGGAUGAUAGUUUUAUUUUCAGAUGGAUGAAUGGAGCUGGAAUAAUUGGUCAAAAUCCUUUUGCUGUUGCUAAAUGAUGUAAGUGUUUGUACAGUAUUUUGUGUAAUGGCAGGCUGAAUCUUAAUAGUCUUGGAACUAUAUCUGUGCAAAACUUAGUUGUGGCAGGGAGUUAACCUGGUACAAUUUGAGGCCAUUUCCUCUCGUUCUGUCAUGGUAUUAGGGAGUAAAG